AUUUUAAAAAUUUGAAAAAAAAAUUUUUUGCUCUAAUUUUUUUUACAUUUUUCAAUUUAUUUUGCUUGAAUAUUAAUUUAUUAAGUGAACAACGCCAAUGACAGAAUGAAUGAAUUAGCAGUAUUUAUCAUUCUUCACAGAAAAAUAAAUAAACAACACGCUAACUUCGUUUUAAUAUUUUUUUAAUAAUAUAUUUAUUUUAAAAUCGACCUAAAAUUUAUCCUUAUCCAACAUCUUUCACUUUGAUUUAUUUAUUAUAUUUGAAGAAGGAUAUUUUAAAUCAGAUACGAUGGCCAAAACAGAGAGAUAUUUCAAAAAGGCAUCCAACAGUUCAGAAGAAACCGUAAAACCUUCGACAAAAAAGCAAGAAAAACCAUUCGAAAAUAAAUUAAAUAUCAAAAACAAGUUUUACAAGAAACCAAGUAAUCAUCUAAAAAAUGCAAAAAUCAAGAAAAAUGCGUUGGAAAAAUUUGACAAGGGGCCUAUGGUUAAGAGAGAGGGUUUGAAGACCAAAUACCAUCACAAAUUAUGGCAAGAGAGAGAUAAGCAAAUUGAAUUGGCUAAUAAGCAUUCAGCACGAACAGAAGUACUUUUGAAUGAAGAAGAGGGUUAUAUUGAUACUGAAAUUCCGACAGAAAGUCUAGCUCAAAGUGAAAUUUGCAACAAUGUGGACAUCAUGUCAGCUUCAAAGCAUUUUUCUCUUGCUCUUGAUCAGUUUGGGCCUUAUCGAAUAAAGUACAACGAAAACGGUAAACAUUUGUUGCUUGGUGGUAGAAAAGGUCACGUAGCAUCUGUGGAUUGGAUUACAAAGCAUUUGAGUUGUGAAAUGAAUGUUAUGGAAGAAAUUUCAAAUGUAUCGUGGCUACAUAACGAAAAUAUGUUUGCCGUUGCACAAAAAAGUUACGUGCAUAUAUAUGAUAACAAAGGAAUGCAAUUACACUGCAUAAAACGCAUGAAUGCAGUAAGCUAUCUCGAGUUUCUUCCCUACCAUUUUCUCCUGGCAGCUGGAAAUGAUGAAGGAUUCUUGUCAUGGUUGGAUGUGUCCAUUGGGGAAAUUGUGUCUCAAUAUAACAGUAAGCUAGGUACCAUAUCCAACAUGUGUCAAGACAAGUCAACAGGAGUUAUUUUUACUGGAGAUACCAAAGGUGUUGUGUCAUUAUGGUGUCCUUCCAUUAGAGAGCCUCUAGCGCAACUUUCUUGCCAUAAUACUCCUAUAUCGGCACUCUGCGUUUCCCCAAACAACAAUACCUUUCUAACGAGUGAUAUUAACCAAACUGUUAAAGUUUGGGACUCUCGUAAUUUAGGGGAAUCAGUGGCAGUUCAUAAGCUUCGAUCAACUGUGAAAGAAAUAAGUGUUUCACAAAAAGGUAUGGUGGCACUGGCAUUGGGAAAUGUUUGUGAAAUAUACCGGAAAGACUUAAAUCAGCAACCAUAUUUGCGUUAUCCAUUAGUUGGAAGCAUCAAAUCACUACAAUUCUGCCCCUAUGAAGAUGUAUUAGGAAUUUCCACUAAUAACGAGUUUGCUUCUAUUCUAGUUCCAGGCAGUGCAGAAGCUAAUUUUGAUGCGCUUGAAUCCAAUCCUUACCAAUCCAAAUCACAACGAAGAGAAACGGAAGUUCGAAGACUCUUGGAUAAAAUUCCCAUGGAAAUGAUAAGUCUAAGACCAGACAAAAUUUUGGAAGUAAAUACUAUGACGUUUAAGGAAAAGCUCGAGGCCAAAAAGAAAAUUUUGUUUGUCAAACCUCCCAAGAUUGACUUUGCUCCUAGACAAAAGAAAAAGAGCAAAAACUCUGCAAAAACAAAACGUAAACAAAUAAUCAGAGAAGCUACCGUCAGAGAAUUUAAGAAAAAUAUUGAGCCUUUAAAGCAACAGAUUCGGGCAGAACAAAAGUCGAAGAAAGCACAUAGUAAACCAAUGGUUCCUCGAAAAAAGGAAAAUGUAUUGGAUCGUUUUAAACCUAAAUCAAAAUUGAAAUAAAAAAAAUAAUUUUUGACUUAUUUAUGAGCACUUGUGUAAUAUUCCUCUUCUAAGUCAUACAAGUCCACAGCAAUAUCAUCACGUAAAUUCAGUAAUUUGCUGUCUCUGUCUUGUUGUGUAGUUCGGUAAAGUUGGCUACUUUGAGUGAUUGCCUCAUUAACAGUAUAAAAGUCGUUUAAAAUCAAGUAUUGCUUGAUGUCGGAAACCAGCUUUAUGAGCGAUUCACCUGCACGAACAAUAUUUGCAGCUCUCACUUCCAUCUCGUACAUAUCUUGUUCACAUUGGACGACUUUUGACAACUGCGACGUGCUUUCCCCUCUUGCAAGCCGGAUUAUUUCUAUUUUGUAUAAAUCAAUUUUG